AAAUUCCCUACAGGAAUUUGGAGACAGAACAAAGCUUUUUUUUUUUUUGUUAUUGUUGUUGCUUGUGAGGGAGAAGCUGCAUGUGUUUGGAUACAYAUCUGCACGGGACUCCUGCACACUGUGAACACAGACUGAUCCCUCUCAAAGUUGUGAGCGAGUCAGAAGACAUCCAGACAUCCGUGCAUCUCUCCGCCGGCAACUCGCUGAGUGCAGAGAGACCGGUUCGGGAAUCCCCGCUGCAGCUUCUUCACACUCUGACCAAGGCUGCACCCCUGACAUGUCCAGCUGCGAGCAGCUGCAUGAGAGGGCGAUUCGUCCCUUAGAAACAAACUGAACAACCCCGUCGUUGCCUCCCGCAAUUUCCACAUGAGAUUCGGCAGAAUUAGUCAGGACCGGCCCCGGACCACUCACUUUCAACUUCACGUAGUCCGAAUUCCAGCUUCCGCAGACAGACUCGAAGACUCUCAAGGACGUUAAGGACACGAAUAAGGGUCUCGUUUUGUCUCGGAGCAGCUUGUGGCUUCUUGCCAGCAGCCAUGCAGGUGUCCUUUGCGUGUACGGACCACGGGCUGAAGGCCCCUCGCAACGGCGAGCACAGCAAGCAGAACGCCACCAGCCCCAACACGACCAGCCAUGCCCGAGCCCGCUUCCGCACCGUGGCCCUGAUCGCCCGCAGCCUGGGCUCCUUCACCCACCGCUACCACCACAACCUGAAGGAGUCCACUGCCAAGUUGACCGGCAUGAAAUACCGGAACCUGGGGAAAUCUGGUUUACGUGUCUCCUGUCUGGGUCUUGGAACAUGGGUAACAUUUGGAGGUCAGAUCUCCGAUGAGGUAGCAGARCAGCUGAUGACCAUCGCCUAUGAGAGUGGGGUCAACCUGUUUGACACGGCCGAAGUCUACUCCGGGGGAAAAGCAGAGAUACUCUUGGGAAACAUCAUCAAGAAGAAGUGCUGGAGGAGAUCCAGCCUUGUGAUCACCACAAAGCUCUACUGGGGAGGAAAAGCUGAGACAGAGCGAGGCCUCAACCGAAAGCACAUAAUUGAAGGUUUAAAAGGUUCCCUCCAGAGGAUGCAGCUUGAAUAUGUGGAUGUGGUCUUUGCCAACCGGACGGACAGCAACACUCCUAUGGAGGAAAUUGUGAGAGCUAUGACUCAUGUGAUCAACCAAGGGAUGUCCAUGUACUGGGGAACAUCUCGCUGGUCUGCCAUGGAGAUCAUGGAAGCCUAUUCUGUGGCCAGACAGUUUAAUCUUAUUCCACCGGUGUGCGAGCAGGCUGAGUAUCAUUUCUUCCAGCGGGAGAAGGUGGAAACUCAGCUUCCUGAGCUCUACCAUAAAAUUGGCGUGGGUGUGGUAUCUUGGUCUCCUCUGGCAUGUGGGAUUAUCACUGGAAAGUAUGAAAACGGCAUCCCAGAAUCCUCAAGAGCUGCGAUGAAGCCAUAUCAGUGGUUGAGGGAGAAGAUAACGAGUGAGGAUGGGAGAAAACAGCAAUCCAAACUAAAAGAUCUGACUCAUAUUGGAGAAAAACUAGGAUGCACCUUGCCACAGUUAGCCAUCGCCUGGUGCUUGAGGAAUGAAGGAGUCAGCUCAGUGCUCUUGGGGGCCUCCAAUCCCACGCAGCUGACAGAAAACCUGGGAGCCAUUCAGGUAAUUCCAAAGAUUACAGCAGGUAUUGCUUCAGAAAUGGACCAUAUUCUGGGCAACCGUCCACACAGUAAAAGGGACUACCACCACUAGGAUGGAUACUUUCUACUAAACUACGCUCAUAAGGCUUUUCAAAGCUCACUUUUCACAGCCAUGGCACCAUAAGUGCGUGCCCACGACUGCGUGUAUCUGUGGAGGACUGUGUGAUUGUACUUGGCUCUUUCAACUCAUAACUGUGAAGUGGGCUACAUGACGACAAAGCAUGCAUGCAAAACCAGCCAGUUAUCAGACUGAACAYGAUUUGGAGGAUCCAUCAAGACAAUUCCCUGCAUCGUCAAAAAAAAAAAAAAAAAGCAACCUCACCAACAGCGAACUUUGCAGAAGGUGCUGAACCAUAUAGUGCUGGAAGAAGAAUAGAGUUAAUUGUUUAAAUGCUCCGUUAAAAUGGCUGUCAGUGCAUGUAGAGAAAACUACUGAGGAAUUAAUUACCUCUAAGCAUCCAAUUAAGCAUAGCAGAGCACUAUGAUAAUAGAUUAUUUGCAUC